AUGCCCGUUCCAUCAAAGAAGAAGUCCUCACCUACCACAAUGAUUCCCAUCAAAGCUGAAGACCUUUCUCAGCCGUCUUCUAGUAGUGAGGGCACGUCGACAAGAACGACGGACAAGGUUCCAAUGAAGCUACAUAAGCGCUCACGGUCCGGUUGCUUCACAUGCCGCCUACGCCGGAAGAAGUGUGACGAGAAGCACCCAUCAUGUAGCGCCUGUAUCAAUCUCUGUGUCAAAUGCGAAUAUAAACGUCCUGUUUGGUGGGGAAAUGCCGAGCAAAGGAGGAUUCAAAAGGAGCGCAUCAAGAACAAGAUCAAGCAAACAAAGAUAAACGAGCGCAAUGGUGCUUUAACUGAUCCCUCGGCCCGCAACCGCAGUAUGGCCGUUCCGUCACCAACAUCUCCAGAAUACGAGCUUAGUCGACCUGCUUAUCCCGAGCAGUAUGAUAUCUUCGCAUCUCAUCUGCCUACUCCGGCCUUCACUCAGAAUAUUUAUGCACUGCCCCAUCCUUACGAAAUCGACGUCAAGACGGAGCGACAGACAUUCAUCAACGACGUCCCACUACGCCACGAUUCUUGCAGCUCGACAUUCAGCACAUUUGCUCCUCCCCAGCUGAACGCUCCCCUACCCACCUUCCCCGGAGAAGAUUGGUUCCAGGAUGAGUAUUUCGCGCAAGUUCCUACGCUUCCAGGACUUGAUCCAGCACUCUGCGAGCAAACUAUCGGACAGACAUAUGCGAUCCUGCAGUCAAGCAUACCCGUCAGUGAUCAUGACCGCCCGCUUCUCGAUCACUUUAUCUACAAUGUUCUACGCAUUAUCUUUCCCGUGCUGGAAGCUCACCAACGCGGACAUGUGCGAGCUCAAGCUAUUCUUCAGGCUCUAGAAACUAACAAGUGCUACCUUCACUGCUGCUUGAGUGUGGCCGCUAUUCACAGGAAGACGACAGAAGGUAUUGUUGGAGAGCAGAUUGACCACGAUAUCAUGCGCAACCGUUUCGAGGCAGUCUCACAGCUCUGCUUGGCUCUUGGAGAGGAUACUAACCACGAAGAGAUUCUCGAUGCAACUCUUGCCAUGAUCUUCUUCCAUUGUUCCGUGGGGCCCGCGGACGAUUAUCUCCCGGAUAUCCCAUGGUUCGAUCACUUUCAAGCCGCAUCCAACUUAGUGAACCGACUGGGCCUAUCGUCGCCUGUACCUCCCUGCGGGAACCCAUACAUGCCGCCUCCAUUCACCAUGACAUUGGCUUCUUGGAUCGAUAUCCUAGGCUCUACCAUGCAUGGAAAGACACCCGAGUUCGCGCAUACUUAUCGCUCCAAGCACCUGAGUGGAACAUCUUUGGGUCUACGUGAACUCAUGGGCUGCGAUGAUCGCGUCAUGUACUUGAUUUCGGAGAUCACUUGCUUGGAGGCAUUGAAAAGGGAGGGAAGGAUCGAUGAUCUGGCGGUCUGUUCUCACGUUUCCGCCCUGGGGCAGCAAUUGGAAUUCACGGAAUCGCCAAACCAGCCCUUGGAGAGCCCUUACCUGUCUAAUGGAGCUUUCUCCCCAACGGUCCUGACCAACAACAUCACGGCGAUUUUCCGACUUGCAGCCAGGAUCUACCUCUGCAGUCUGGUUCCUGGAUUUGACCGUCACCAACCAAGUAACGCCAAUUUGGUUGCAGCGGUUGCCAAUGCUAUUCAGUACAUUCCAUCUGGACCAGAUGGAUUCGAUCGUUCGCUGGUCUGGCCUCUGCUUAUCACAGGGGCAUUUUCCGCGCCGAACAGCUCUUUCCGCAACGUUCUCGCCGACCGCGCCGCUGCUCUUGGUGACCACGCAGACUUGGGCAGCUUUGGCCGCAUGUAUCGAGUUCUAAAAGAAGUGUGGCGGGUGUCAGACGAGCCUAUCGAGCCUCUACCGAGCCAGGAUGCUAGCCCCUCGUCUUCAGCAAACGGCAGCAGCCCCAUCAAGCGCGAAAAGUCUGAGUCCCCGAAGGAAAGUCCUGCACACUGGGAUGCAGAGGAAGUGAAGAAACCGUUCAUCCACUGGCGGGAAGUGAUGCAGCAGAAUGGCUGGGAUUAUCUGCUUCUCUGA